GAGCCACAAGCUGGAAGUUAUACCUCCUGCCCAGCAGUGAUUGGACACAAACUGCAGGCGGAGAUACAAGCUGGAUUGAACAUCAGAAUCAGCUGCGUGCAGGUGCCAUGGUAACGUCCACACAGGCUGGACAUCGGCACGCCGCAAAACCCACACAGGACCAGACUCAGGAGUACUCAGCAAUGUGAAACAGAACGCUCGCGGAUACUACACCCACGCAGCCGCAACUGGGGCCAAGACCUCCGGAGGUCCGCGCACACCAGCGCGCUGCCAGCAGUGAUGGAUUCCCAAGAUGAAACUCCAUUUCACAUUGUCACUCCACUGAAGGAGAGUUUGGCUCUGUCCAAGGUAGCUGGCACCCAGGUCCUCAUGAAGCUAGAAAACAUCCAACCAAUGGGGUCCUUCAAAAUACGUGGUAUAGGGUACUUCUGUCAGAAGCUGGCAAAGAAGGGAUGUAAGAAAUUUGUCUGCUCCUCAGGUGGGAAUGCCGGGCUGGCAGCAUCAUAUGCCUGUAGUAAACUGGGGCUUCCUUCUACAAUUGUUGUUCCCGAAUGCACUUCUGAAAAAAUCAUACACAAACUGCGGGAGCUUGGAGCAGAAGUGGUGGUGACAGGAAAGGUCUGGGAUGAUGCUGAUGCCUGUGCCCACCGCAUGGCCGAAGCUCCAGGAACAUUAUACAUCUCUCCAUUUAACCACCCUCUGCUUUGGGAAGGUCAUUCCAGUCUUGUCCUUGAACUGAAAGCUUCUAUGGGCUCUCAGAAACCAGGGGCAAUUGUGGUUGCAGUUGGAGGUGGAGGUCUUCUGGCUGGAGUGGUUGAAGGAAUUACUAAGGUGGGCUGGUCUGAUGUGCCAAUCAUUGCCAUGGAGACAUUAGGAGCACAUUGUCUGAAUGCAGCACUCCAAGCAGGAAAACCAGUCACUUUACCUGAUAUUACUAGCAUUGCAAAGUGUCUAGGUGCAAAAACAGUAUGUGACAGAGCACUAGAGUGUGCAAGAAAAUACAGAGUCAUAUCUGUGUCUGUGGAUGAUAGAGAGGCAUUGCGGGCAUUGGAGAUGUUCCUAGAGGAUGAAAUGAUGUUGGUGGAACCUGCAUGUGGAGCUGCCCUUGCUGCAGUAUAUUCAGGACACAUCCAGCGCCUGCAGCAGGAGGGCAAAUUGGAAAAGUCACUGGGGCCGGUGGUAAUGAUAGUAUGUGGAGGAAGUGCAAUUAGUUUGUCUGAGCUUCAGAACUUGAAAUCCCAGUUGGGAAUGGUCUGAUCCCUCUAAAUAAAAUCAUGUAAACUAA